AUUUAAAAAGAGGAAAAAAAAUCCCCCCUUCUUUUUCCCUUCCUCACACAUAUAAAAACACACCCAUCCCUAACCUUCAGAAUUCUCCAAAUUUCCCCCAAAUAUGGCUUCCACAGAUCGCACAGCAAUCCUAACGAUGGUAAUCCUACUAACAGCGUCUGCCGCCGCAAUUUCCGAUUCCCAUACCUCGUUCUACGACGUCGUGCAAUCCAACGGUUUGCCGAUGGGCCUUUUCCCCAAGGGCAUAUCGGAAUAUUCCGUCGAUCCUCUCUCCGGCGCCUUCGAGCUCCGCAUGCUCUCCGCUUCGCCGUGCGACGCCAAGUUCGAGACGCCGCUGCGAUACCAAUGCAACAUCACCGGCAGGCUGAGUUAUGGCCAGGUUUCCGAUAUCUCCGGCGUCGCCGCGCAGGAUCUGUUCCUGUGGCUGCCGGUGAAGAGCAUUCGCGUCGAUAUCCCCAGCUCCGGCCUGAUUUACUUCGACGUUGGCAUGGUGUUCAAGCAGUUCUCCUUGUCGUUCUUCGAGACGCCUAAGGAGUGUAAUGCUGUCCUCGGGGACGGUGAGACGGUGUUUCUGUUUGAGAAAGGCGGUGCUGCCACUCGUCCUGUUGAGGAUCUUCAUGGCCACUUGGAGAUGGAGCGAGUGACAGAUGAGGGACAAAGAGCGGCUUCUUGAACCAAGAGAGAAAUGAGUUGUUACUACUAUGCUUUGUGGUAUGGAUGGCUUCUGGUCCUUCAUCUAAUUACCUGCCUACGUAUCUACAGGUUUGUUCAUUGUCUUGACAAUGCAAGCAGCCAUUUUCCAUUAUACUGAGUGAUGCAGGAUAACUUAUUGAAGAGAUUGUAUGAAUAGUAAAGUGGUUCCAAAUUGUUGUUUCAUUGUCCCCUUCUUCUGUAUUGAUAUAGGUAUGGUGUUCCUAAUAGUUUCCUGAAUUGUUAUAUUGAAAUUAUUGAUGUAUAAAGUUGAUAAGUAAUCUAGAAUUUAAUCAAUGUGUAUGCCAGUAUAGAGCUGUUUUUGUGUU